ACUUUUCAAAAAUGGCGGAAGCGGAAACACAUACUCACCAAAUACUUUCUUGAUAAAUCUUUGCCUUUGAAAUCUUGCUUUUCGUACAAAAAUUCCCGGUAAACUAUUCCAAAGUAUAUUUUGUUCUUUUUCAAAAUGCCACCAUUAGACUGGGGAAGAAUCAUGCGUGCAGACAUAACAGCGCUUCGAGAAGAUCUUGACGCAGCUGAUGAUAUGUAUGGCGUCUUGGAGAUGGUAAACUACAUAACUACAACACAUGUUUUGAAUUGUUAACUGUUUUAUGACGGUUGUUAAUGAAGACUAAACGUUGCAUGCUUACUUUGUAACUUUUUCAGGGCAUGGUCGAAGCAGGUUCUGCGGAAGCUAUUGAUGCUAACAAGAUGAUAAAAUUAUUUGAAGUGACCAAAGCUGUUAUGAAGGUGAAUAAUAUUCAUGAUACAACUUACAUGGCGGUAAUUGACGUUCUUCCGUGAGGAGAGUUUCUAUACUUGUCUGUUUAGACUAUUGGUCGUUGAACAAGUAAGAAGAGCUUACAGAGUACAUGUUAGUAUGUCAAGAACAUGAAGUAUUAACCCUUAUCUUGAGUUUUGGAGUUAAAGUGAUGAUAAAUGACUCUUAAAUGUUCACCAGCAACAUUACUCUGUCUAUAGUGUUAUAAUGUCAAUAAACUUAUUCAAAACUUGUGUUUGAAAUACAAUUCUCUAAAAAGACUUCUUCAUGAGAAGUCAGGAUACUUGGUCCACUUAACAAGAAGAAUGAUUCUUUUGUUUUCGUAUAACGUAUUUACGGAGGACUCUGCCUCAUUUUGGGCUGGGCUCUUGAUCUUGCUUAAGAGAGGCAAUCACCAAUGCUAGCCUAGGACCUCAUAGGCAUCUCAGGCACAACAUGUCAUGGAGAGGUGUACAAAAGUAAGCCACUUUAAGAGUGAUAAGGAUGUCUUCCCUCCCUCAGUGUUAACUUGAGAAAAUUAAGUUGUUUAUACUAAAAUAACAUUUAUUGUCUACCAAAAUCAAUAGGUCAAAUCACUGCAGGUUGAGCUAGCAGCUGACGAACUCACUAAAGGUGGAGGUGGUGAAAGAGGUACAUUAUCGUUAAAUUCUAGCUCAGCUAUUACCAAGGAGCACCAGCCUGACUAGAGCCUAAGAUUUGUUUGAUAUUCAGUUGAAUUGCUAUUUUUUUUAUCUCUGGUUCAGAGGAAACUGGAAACUGCUACAGAGUAUUGGGUUGGAUUUCAAUAAGAGUUUUUGAGUGGGAGAGGGAGGUCAGUUUUGCUUUGAAUUGUUUUAAAGUUCAAGAUCAAAGAGAUCAAGAAAAUGUAAUUCUACUGUUUUUUUAGUUUUCAAUAGCCUAAUGUGACAUCUGCCCUUUUUGAGAGCUCUAUUGAUUUUCUUGAUUCCAUUCUAUCAGUCAACCCAACCCUUUAAUAAUUAUUACAUUUACAUGUUGAUUAUAAUAAAUGGGGAUAAUCCAAACAAAAGAUUGGAUCUUUGUUCUCAAAACAGAGUUCUUUUUGAGCUACAAUCUUGGACAAGACCUGCAGAACCCACAUCCCGCCCAUUUGGUACCACAAUGACCCCCCCACCCACCCUGAUCAGUCAGGGGAAAAAAUGAUCUAGUGAGAAUUCAAUCUUGGUUUUUUGAGGGGAGGGGGGAGUAUUUGUAACAAUAAUUGCCAGUGCUUUAAAGGGCUUUUUCUUGAAACUAGACGUGGUAACAUCCAUUUUUGGUAGCAUUUUCAUCCAAGAUUGUUGCUGAAUUCUAAGGAAAUGUUUUCCAUGAUACCUGUUUACUACCAUGCUUUUCAAUUAAUUACAGUAUCUUGUAUGUGAAUUUUGUCUUAAUAGAGCAAGAGUUGAUGGAUGAGAUAAGACAUUUGGAAGGAGAGCUUCAACAGUACAGGGUGAGAUGCAUCUCGUAAAGAAUACCAUACUCCUUCAGGGGUGUCUCUAUCUAAUUGAUGUACCACAUCUAUAUUUUAUUAUACAUUGCACUGAAUUAUCUGUCUUCUCAUUGGCUAAGAGCCUAUGGUUAUUUUGCAAAUCAACGCAAUCAAAACGUUAAUAGACUAAUAUGUAGGUUGUGUGUGCAAUGCAUGAUUUCCAAGGGCAAUGUCAAACUGUGUUCUUUGUGAUGGCACUUGUCCAAAUUUUUUUCAAAACAGUGUAUAAUAAAGCAAUAUUAUUAAAUUCAGUUUUAAGUGAUAUCGGAAAAAUUCAGUUUUAAGUGAUAUCGGAAAUAAAUUCUUAGAAUUUCUUUUAAAAUUGGGAAUAUAUAUAUUUGAUUAGAUUUUGUAAAAUAGGGUUUUAUACAUACUCUUUAUUCUUCCAUGUAGUUAGUUACUUUCUUCUUAUGCAAUUUAGUUUUUUAGGUACACCGCAGUGUAGCUCUUAGAUAGGUGUCGUUACUUAGUGGGUAACUGCUAGUUUAUUUUAUUUUCACAGAAAUUAUUCCCUACUUUGAUUUGUAACCAUUUGAUAUGCAUACUUGUUGUUACUAUUAUUAUUAUUAUUAUUAUUAUUGUUAUUAUUAUUAUCAUUGUCACUUAAUUGUGUUGCAUACUGUUGUAAUUAAUACUGGGUGUUUUGAUUCUUAUGUAGAAAUAUGAGGGUGCUGGUGGAGAAGACUUCAUGAGAGAAAUUCGACAAAUUGAAAACAGGAGAGCUGUGAGCAUCUUCUAUUUAAGUUGUCAAUAAUUAUGUGUACUUUCCUUCCUUCAAGUGGCUAAGGUCAAUAUUUGAGAAGAAAGUGCAAAGGAGGAGAAAUAAAUUAAAAGUUGCCAAUUCUGGGACUCUAACCAACAGCCAAAAUGAAAACCCUUUAAUUGUGGUUGAGUAUAUUAUCACCAUCAUUGGUCAUUUGCUUUUACAUUCUCACAUACGAUGGACAACUGUUUGUCUACAUUUGUUUUCUCCAGAAGCUCCCUCAACUGAUGAAAACUGUGGUCUAGUUGUCAUAGAAGAGCCAGUUACUCACAAAAAAAAUUGCUAAGUGUAAUGAGAAAUCCAUAAAGCACAAUUGUGUUAUUGAAAAUGAAGUAAAAUAGAUAUAUAAAUGUACCAUCCUCAUAGCUAAAAAUUUGUACCAUGGCCGCUUACGAAAUGCACUGAAUUGUACAGUAUUUUUGGGGCCUCAAAGUUAAAACUCCCCCAAAGGAGAUCCCCUUUUUACCUCACACAUGACUGCACCAUGCGAAAGACUCUCUGUAUUUUUCAAUCUACUCUAUUGCUGCCUAGUUAAUUUUUUCUCCUUCUACUUUUAAUUUUCUUGCAAACCCUAAAGCCAUUGUAGAAAGUUAAAAUGCCUGUAAUUUUAUUAUUUUACCUGGAAAAUAGCUUUUACACUCAUCAUCCCAAUCCUGUGUGAACGUGAAAGCAAAGUCAUGUAUCUUGAAUAGACAUGUAUUACCAAAGAAAAAGGGAAGCACAAGGGUUAGAAAUACUAGAAUUGGAGGCUUUACUUCUCCUCAGAAUUGAGAAAAGCUAUCUGAGACUAACUUGAUGAAAUUGGGAAUGACUGUUUCAUAGGAUUUCCAAAUUAAAGUUGUUGUUUCAGGUACAUUGUAAUAUUAUUACUAGGAUAAAAGUGUAAGCCAAGCACCCUCUUUUUGUGACAGGCUCUAGAAAGAGAACUUAAUGAAAAGGAAGAAGCGUUUUUCAAAGAGAAGAACAAAAGUGAUCAAGUAAGUCAUGUAAACUAUUUUGUCUGCCUCUGCAUGUUUACCAAACCAUGAAGAAUGUAAAAGAUUAUCAAGUAAAUGGUCAAUGUAAACUAUUUUGUCUGCCAGAAUUUCAUGCAUGUUUACCAAACUGGUUGUUAUUGUGAUUAUGUUUUGAUUAAGAAUUGAAGUAACUCUAAUAUACCUCCACAACAGCUACGAUCAAUACGAGUUGAACGUUUCCAAGCCACCAAGGGGAAUUUUUGGCGAAAAUAGUUUGCCCUCUGGCGACCAAAAAUUUAUACUUGCUCACCAGUUGGCGCCCAUAUUAAAAAGUUAAUUUCGGACCCUGAAUGUUGAAUGUGCUAUAUUAUAGUUGUUAUUUUCCCCGUGUGUUUUCUUUACAUGUACAGUCUGUAACUCAUGUUUUAUUGGUUUUUUGGUGAGAAUAGAUAAGAAAUAAGUUAAGGUGAUUCCCUAGUUUUGCACUGCGCAUCUCUUACUGCGCAUAACAAGAUGGCCGCCGUAAAAAAGAGCAUGUGAAGUAAUAUUAUUAAAAUAAAGUUGACUGAAGAGAAACGCUAUUGGAAUUUUUGCUUGCUGUUGUUUCUUGCCCAGGUGAGACUCAGUGUGUUGGGAAUGUGCAUAAUGUAAGCAGUACGCGUGUUGCUGGGUUCGACCUCCUCUCUGAGAACCUCGAUAGUGGAUGUUUAACUUGCGCUUACUCACUUUGAUUUUCAUUUAAACACUUUUUUUAUCACAUUGUGUCCUAACUGUGAUUUCUCGAUGUAAAUUCUGUAAAAACGGAUUUUUUAAUACUUUCUUCCCCCUUUCACAUACAUUCUAUUUUGAAACUCGCCCCAGUCCUCUCUCAAAAAUUGGAGAAAAUGUGUUUGGUGCGCACUUUCUACAGCUCUACCGCAAAAACGAGUAUGGUGACCCCCAUUUUUUAUUUCAUGAUUUUAAUAAGAACAGUGCUUCCUUUCGAUGAGAAAAAAAUUGGUACAAAUCUAUGUUCAGUUUUUUGGCAAUCUUACUAAAUUGUACGGAUUGAACCAUCAUGGGUCGAAAAGCGCGUGUCCAAUUUAAUUCUACUUUGGAGUGUAAAGUAAAAACAAGGGCAUUAAAAGGCAUUUUUCUGGUACGAAAGUGAAUAAACAAUACAUUAAAGUCAAAUUCUGUGUGAUGCCACAUGCAUCAUCGAAAAAUCUCUCCUUUUUGUCUAGUUUUGGGCUGCCCGCGGUUUUUGUAAAAGGGUCCUAAAUAGCCGUAUUUGUCAGCAUUGUGAUGUCAAAACGAGCACGGUGACCCCCACUUUUUAUUACUUUUUUAUCAUCUUCUUGACUUGUUACAUCAGUGCACCAAGUUUUAGCUACAAUCUAUGUUAGGUUCUUUUACUAUGGAAUCACCUUAAGGAUGAAUAACUUUAUCUUAACCUUAGCUGUACAUGUUUGUGUAAACUUUCAAAAAAGUCCUUCGUCCGAUUUAAUAUGGCGUGGGACAAAGACUUUUCAUACUUGAUUGGUGCCAGUUUUAGCGUCCCAAAAAGGGAUCACUGCACUUAGACCAAUCAGAGUAGCUAUUUAGGACCCAUGGGGAUAAAGUUGUCACUCACAAGUAAUUAAGCAUAUUGAAACGUGACCUUUCCAUUGGGAAGAUGGUCAAGCGAAACAAGUUGACCUCUCGUCACCUCGUUUCUCGCUCGGCAGCUUCAUAGCCUAAAGAGCUUGCUAUGCUUGCCAAGAAACUCGUGAGGUCGACUUGUAGCAAGUCUAAUAUAUAAUAUGUGUUCUGGUUCAAUUUUAUCCUUGGUUUAAUUAUCAUUUUCUUUUGUUUCAAACUCAUCAUCAUACAUUACCAUGCCCAAAAACUAAAAAAAUUGGGAAUUAAUCCAAAGAUAAAAUGGAAACAUAACAUAUGUGAGUUUUCAAUAAUGUACCACUCUCUGACCUAUUAGAGAAAACAAAGAUCCUGCCUUUGCCAGGCAAAUGUCUUAUCCAGUAGAUGGGUGGUAGUUUCGUGGUGUUCUGGACUGUUGCGAUCACCAAAUGAUCUAUUACAAAAUAUUGAAAAGAUGCUGAACAACACCCAGACCACAAAGCAAAAGCGAACCAACAACAGUUUCUGCAACACCAAGAAUCGUCCAGUAGAUAACCAUAUAGAAAUAGUAGUCCCAUCUUCAGUCCAGGAUUAUAAACUGACAGUAUCCUCAAUAAGUUCAGUACAGAGCAUUGGGAUCAGAGCACUUCACUCAUGUAAAAUGCCUACGAUAUGGACUUCUUUUGUAUUUUUAAUGCCUUACUCUCUGACUGAUCAAGUGGAGGCAUGAUAGGCUAGCAGCAAACACCUCAAACUUCAGUUCUGUAGGUCUGGGUUUAAGCAUACCCUUUUUCCUUUGACAAGACAUUUUCCUCCUCUAUGUCUCUCUUUAACCAAAUGUGUUAAUAGCUACCUGCGAGAUGCAGUACAUUUUUGUACCACUAGUGGUAACCCCGCAGUGGAUGGACUUGCAUUCCAUCCAUGGGGGAACAGCAAUAUUCCUAGGUCCUUCAUGCUACAAAAACUGGGUAAAGCUCCAGCUGUACAGGCCUUCUUAGUUCUUGUGUGCCAUUUCCUUUUACCCAUGACUCGGUGGCCUUAACGUGUUCUGAUAAGUUUAAGCACUCAGAGCUGUCACUAAGAUUUCAAGUUUGUGGGUAAAUAAUGCAACAAGUUGGCGGGGGAAUCAAACAGCUACAACUGUGGAGAUUUAAUUUGGUUCUAUUUUUCUAUUUUCCUGCAAAAGUAGCUGGGAAUCACCUUCAGUAGUAGGUUGGGAAUAUAUUCCCCAAGGUCUCAUGUUUGCUUUGGUAUAGUGGAGAUUGAAACUUCCCACACUGCAGAAUGGUACUCUACCAAAUGAUCUGUUCAGGGGAAAUUGUUAUGGAAUCCUUAUUCACUCUGUUUAACUUUGUUUCUCUCUGAUAGCUGGUGUCAAGACUGGAUGAAGUUGAGAGAGAAAACAAGACUCUGAAAAGAGAUGUAAGCAACUUCAUAAUUACCUCUGGAUAGUUCCAAAUUAAUGAGUGUCUAGCUGUAUGCCCUUAGUGACAUACAUGUGUAGUUAUCAAUCAACAGUGAAUUCUUUUGUUUUUGUUAAUUAGCUGGACAGGAGUAAGAUGGACAUGAGAGAUUUACAGCGACAAAUUGAACAGCAGGUAUUGUUUCUUUCAAAUUAAUAGUGGGAUUUGGUUUUGUUUCAUAUGUAAAAGAUAUGUCAUCUAUAGGAUCCUUGAAAUAUCUUCAAUGUUGGUCAAUAAAGUCAACUGAAUAUUUUUAUUUAUUACAGUAUCCUGUUAAAGGUACAUGAAAUGUACAUUCUCAAUUUCAAAUUCUGUGACAUUACACAUGCAAACUUACCAAAAACCUUUGUGAACAAUAUAGAUAAAAAAUUUAAUUGAUAAAGUUGCAUUUUUGUUUCUAGAGAGAAAGUAUGGUGAUGCGCCGAGGAGAUGAUGCUAACUUUAAAGACAAGAUGUCAAAGAAAAAUAAGGAGUUGUCUGAAUACCUGGAUGAAAUAAGGGUAUGGUUGACUGUUUGGGAUGUGACCAAGAAUGUUGUGCCGAUAAUAUUAUGUUUUGUCAUUACUGAAAUGGUUACAAAAAAGAUGACUGAAUAAUAAGAAACUAAAAGAGGACCAUAUCAUCAAAAAAUUCGUACAAAAGAAUGUUUGUUAUGUUUUUGGCUAUCAACAUUUGUAACUGUUUACUGCGGAAAUGAACAAAAUUCUACAAUUACCUAUUUCAUAACUAAUAAAUACAAAUUUAUUUUGAUAGGUUCUACAAGAAGCCAAUGAUGAAUUAGAGGAUCGGGUCAAGAGUGUUCAGAAAGAACUUGAAGAGUCAACUGCAGAGAUGGACAAAAUGACUGAUGAGUACACAAAACUUAAGGUAGGACUGUUCAUAGGUUGUGUGACAUUGAUAAGAAAAAAAAACGAGGGAUAAUUUGGAAAAGCAAUUACGAGUUGUCUGAUUAAAAGGGAAAAUUUGCAAGGCGCUUACUUGCUUUGCUUUUCUAUGCUCAUCUCUUGAGUUUAUGAUAUUCAACAUUUACCAGAUUAAAGUGUUCGUUUAUCACAAAUAAGGUAUUUCAUUCUGACUUGUGAAUGUCCAUAGUAUAAGUACUUUGUCAGUAACUUUUAUGAUGAGAAUCCAGAUAACAGGAAAAAGUUCACCCUGACACAGAUUACUGUUAACUUCUGCCGUUUUUGUAUAAAUGGCACAUGUAAGUCAUAAGAAUAAUGUCAGUUAACUUGCUCGAUCUCUCUCAAUUUCUUCUUACCUCAGAUGAUCUUACAGCAAUCAGACCUGAUAAUUGAUGAUAUGCGAAAAGAAAGAGAUGCUCUUAGAGCUCAGGUCAGUGUGUCCAGUCAGUGCAAGUUCUGUCUGUGUUAUGGAACUGUACGUACUUGAUAUUCAGUGUGUUUUGGGAGGGGGCAGUGGGAUUGACUAGUGUAAGUAGCGUACACAUGGUUACGUAAUGUUAAUUUAAAAAUUGUAAAAUCGACGCUGUUCAAAAGAGUCUUAACCGACGUUUUGGCAAUGCUGCCUUCUUCAGGAUACAAGACCAUUUUAACAAGUUUUAAAUUGGCAGUAGGAUUGACAUAAGCUGUAAUUGCUUGUGAAGUUUCCAGUUGUAGUGCAUUUGUUUGGGUUAAAGUCGUAAUCAGAGGAAGGUUUCCAAAUAACCAGGGUGGAUUAAAAAGAUAAGGAUGAGGGUGUAAUUCAGUCUUGUGCCAUUUGGCCUUUGCAAUACCCAAUGAAAAUUCACUAUUUUACGGCAGAGGAUAGAUGUCUUUUGUCCGGGACAGACAGAAUUUACCUUGAAAUAUAAUUUUUAAUCUGGACCACAAAGUGGCAAGAAAGCGGCGCACCAAGUGUCCUCGGUGGUAACUAUAAAUUCCGUUGAUCAGAACUAAGAUGAGUUGUAAUAAACUGACUUUUAUUUUCAGCAGUGCUUGGAGCAAACGUACUUGCUUUUUCUUAUUCUUCAGGUACAAGACCUUAGGAUGCAGUUUGCAACCAAGACAGACACUGAUGACCAGAUUAUGGUGGCUGUCAAUGCCAAAGUUGAAGAAUGGAAGGUUUGUGCAUUAAAAUGUCACUUUAGUGCCUGCUCUGGAAUUUGUUGUUGAAUAUGUUACUACACAUUUUAAAAGUGACUAGUGAGCCAAGUUAUUUCUUUGUUAUUCUCUGUCGAAUGCCAAUCAUGCCCUAAUGUUCAUAAAUGUGCACUCUCCCAAUCUUGGCAGUUUUGUGCAGCAAAUCAGCACCAUAGCCCGAUAAAGACCAGGACUACCCGGUCAAAACACCGUAAUUACUAAGUGACUAUAGUGAGACAAACGGUAAACGCACCUAUCAGACAUGUAUUUAUUUUCGACCUAAAAAUAUCAGCCACGAAAAGACUGCUAAAAAGACCUUGAAACAGUUUCAAGAAGUAGAUUGAAAGAAACAUGUAUGGAGCUAGUAGACCUUGAACCUGUUAGGCUACUUUGUGUUAUAUGCCACAAUCGUAAGUGGAAGCUACUUGCAUGGAAACUACAAACAUCUAUUUCUUUUUUUAAUUUUUGGCACUGCAGACUGUUCUUGCAGCCAAAGAGAUUGAACUAGAACAGUACAAGUCAUUAGUAGAGGAACUGAAUCAGCAGAUCAAUGGGCUUCAGAUGGACACAGACAAAACUUCCUUGGCCAUGCUGCAGCAGGUAAGAAACUCGGAUUUGUGUGAAGCUAUGUUAGCUGAGUAGCAGUAUAAACCCGUCAUGUGAGGCGUUGUACUGUGUCCUAACAGACAAAACUUGAUCGGGAAAGUGGCUUUUACGCGGCACAGCCAUCAUAGGUAGACUAGACUAGUUAAGCACAGUUAAAAUCCUAAUCUUAUUAGUAACUAAGCCAAAAUUUCGGAAAGGCUAUUCUACUAUACUGACCAAGUUAUACUUAUAAUUAUUAGAUAGAGCAUUUGAAGCAGACAUAGUGUUCCCGGCGCUACUUUUGUGUAAGGCUGAGUGGAGUGCUGACGCAUCUUUGCACUCAGGUAUUCUGGUGAGCAGACGAUAAGCUGUUAGCGCAAUCCUUUUAAAACUAAAGAGUUUUACAGGAACAAGGUUUAGGACAGUCUGUUAGCGCGCGACCUUCUGUGCGGGAGUUGCCGAUCCCCUUGUUUCGACUUCUUUCUUUUCUGUGAAAAAAAAAAAAAAAUGCUAAAACGGAUCACUGAUGGAGAGAGGGAGGGGGGGAGGGAGUGGAAGUGCUGUCCGUCAGAGCGUUGAUGGAAAGAGGGGAGUGGGUAAUGGGUAAAAUGUGCGCUCCGUCGGCCUCAAGAGGCUUGUAAGUACGAGCUACCGCCGUAUAAUAAUUACCUUUAUCUUAAUGUUGGUCGUUGCAGGCGGUGGCCGAGAAAGAUGAAAAGAUUGAAAUGCUCAAAAAGGAACUGGAAAAGGUGCAUUACAGUAUUUUGCUUAGCAAUUUUCAGAAGGAACUUGAAUUCUAAUGACAUUUCAUGGUGCAUUUGAUGGAUACUUUGCAUCUAAGAUCUGGAACUCCCUACCUAAUAAUGUAAGAUCUGAGCCUACUUUAACUAGAAGACUUCUGAAAACUAAUCUUCUUUCAGACAUAAUGGUAUUUGUAAAAUGUGCAUGCUUGUAUAUAACGUAAUCCAGUGUAAAUAGGUUUUCCUUUUUUUCUUUUACACUAUUUGUAUUCUAGAUACAAGUUGCGUGUUGCAAAUUUUAAAUAUUAAUUAUAAUUAUUACUUCCGUUAUUGUUACUUUUUCAGACAGAAUUUAUUAAUUCGAAGCACGGUGUUGCAAUCAGUGAAAAAGCUUAUUGCUUGUUUGCUAUUGUAAGAUCUGCUAUGAUCUAGUUAAAAUUGCAUGUUUUUUAAGAGUGUUUUACUUUCAUUGAAGGCAUCAACGGAGAUGCAUGACCUGGCAUCAUACGUGGAACAGGUCAAGUCCCAAAACGAAAAAGGUCAAUAAUAUUAUUUCACUGUAAUAUAAUAAUAAUAAUAAUAUAGUUCAUUUAUAUAGCGCUAUUAAUACUAAUUAUUCAUAGCGCUUUACAAUUUUAAACCUUAUAAUAACUAUAAAAUAGUUUUUACAAUUUCAUCCUACUAUUCUAAUUCCCACAAUUAUAUAUAAUUAAAAAAUAAUUACUGAUUACAUCUUACACACUACAAAAAAAAUAGAAAACAAAAGAAAAUACAUAAUAGUAAUAGUAACUGUCAUGCGCAAUGUCUUUUUUCUCCUUAUAAUCAUGAGGGUAUCCCUGUCUGGAGUGUUAUAUGGUUGAAUCCGCGAGCGGGCAAGAUGCAGCGAAUCCUGCGUUCUGAUUGGCUACCCGAGCGGGCAAGAUAGGCACAUCUUGCCCACUCGGGAUGUCUCUCGUUGAUCCCGCGAGAAAAUGUUCUCGUUUUGACCAUAUAAUAAAUCCUUUAGUGACCAAGCUCGUUGAAGAUGGCUGUAUAUUGGCGUCGGAGCUUAAGCAGCGACGUUUUUGAGCCACGGGCGUCAAUCAGAAGUGGACUUUUUGCGCUCUUGAGCCGUGAUUUUGAACAAACUUUUGGUCAAAUUGUCUCUAAAAUAGUAAAGACACUUAGCAAUACAAAUUUGGUAGCGUUAAGGCAUACUAAAAGAGAAAAAGGCUCACUUCCGGUUGACGUGAGACAAUCAAAAACGUCACUGCUUAAACUUCCAAUUGACCGAGACGAAGCUUGGCCAAUAUCCAGCCAUCUUACAGCAAGGAGCCCAAAAGGGUGACCUCAGCUCACAUUCUUUCAUGCAGACAUUAACCAAUCAGAAGUCGAGGACAGUUUCCAGCUGGCUUCUGAUUGGAUGAAAUCUGUACGAAAGAAUGUGAAUAAAUAAAAAACGGUCACACUUUUGGGCUCCUUGCUGUAGCCAAACAAGCUUGGUCAAUAACAGAUAUUAUCAUUCGAUGCAAAUUUUUCUUCCUUUUCAUUGGCUGAAAGCCCACCACGUGACCUGCAAAUAACUGCCUACAAAUAAUGGUCUGCUCAUGCGCAAUGUCGUCCAACUGUGUUUGGCUGCAAAUAAUAUUCUGCUCAUGCGUAAACGAAACCACGCGUGAUACGUUCUUGCGUGAAAAAAGGCAGAUCGCUUCGCUUUCCGAAGAUAUUCAUUGAAAAACAAACUUGGUGAUCGAAUGAUAAAACAAUUAGUGAACUCGGUUAUCACAAAAUAUCGUGAUUUGCCAGUGUCUCGCACAUCAAUUAUUUGCCUCAGCCUUCGGCUUUGGCAAAUAAUUGAUCUGCACUGACAAAUCACGAUACUUUUAUCAACCUCGUCCAAUGAUUGUUAAUUUAUUGCAAUGCAUAGUGCUUCAGUGAAAUGUAAUUAAAUACGCGUUUUACUGUAAUCACUUAAUUCUUUGGAUCUGAAAAGAAGUGUUUCCUUUCCACACUACCUAUGGUUAAGAUAUUGAUGACCGCUUCUUUUAACGGGAACCUAUCCGAAGAUAGACAGUCGGCGAAAGAGCGUCCCUGAUCUCUGUUUACAUUGUACUCAGACUCAACGAAAAGCUAUCGUAGCGAGUACUUAGGCUUUGCCAUUUGCUCAGAGCCUUCGUUCGUGCAGUUCAGCGAUAAUAUGUGAGCAUGCGCACUUUAGACUUGCACAGCAUGCUGCAUUUGAUAAUCGAGUAUUACCAAGGAGGAUUCGGAAACAAUUCGAAUUAAUGAGCCCACCGUUACUCAGCGGCGCAUGGCGAGGUGCACUAAAGUGUUUGUGUCAAAAUGUUGAGGGAAUGCUUAGCAGGUUUAGACUCAGGGCCUGGUUCCUGAAAGGCCGAUUAGUGUUAAUCCAGGAUUAAAAUUUUGUUCCGUUUUUUUAUUUUACACUCCUAUGCAUUGCUUAGGGUAACAUUUUGUGUUAUCAUUACUGUAUCUCGUAGUAAAGACUCAACAGUACUUUGUAACCUCGAGUUGCAUGUUCUUAGACGAGAAAACCGUACUUGAAAUUUGGCUUAAUCCUGGGUUAAACUUAACCAUCUUUCGAGGAACCGGGCCGAGAAUUCCACAGGAAGCCUAAUUAAAAAAAAAUGGAUUUUUGUCAUUUUAGGUGUUCCAUCUGCUUACCAACAGAAGAGAAUCAAGGAGUUAAAUAGCACACUACAUAGGGAACAACUGGAAGUCUUGCAGAUCAAGGACAGAAUGAUAAUGGUAAACGUGCUAAAAUGCAGACUGCUUAAGUUCACAAGUUGCUUGAGAAGAGUAACUCAUGCUUUAUGCGGAUCAGAAGUUAGAACCGUCUUGUUCAACGAAAGCAAAUCCUACAUCCAGAAAAACUGAAAUGCCCACUCUUAGGAUUACUCUUUACAAUGUAGCUUUUAAAACAGUUGGAAAAAAAAAGGUUGUGUCUCAUGAAUUUCACGGAGGUAACGCUACUUUUAAGCUCUGAUGAAGCUCUGAGGUGUGUAGUUCUUCCAUCUUUCGUUAUUUGUUUCUUUUGCUAUUAUCCCACCUACUUUAUUAAGAUUAAGAGAGAUCGUCAAUACGGAUUUGGACCUCGCAGACCAAAGUUAGGUUUUGACAGUUCAAUCGAAAGCGUGUUAGAAUAGCUUCCUUUCUUUGGUAUUGAUAGUUCUUUUUUCGGUGUUUUGAGUAUUUAUUUACACAUUUAAGCAACAAUGUCUUAAAGCUGAUCAGUGAUCGUUUCUUCUUUUGAACAGGCGGAGAAAGCUGCAGCUACGAAGGACAAACAGUUGAAUGAUUUGCUGGCCCGUAUGAUGCAGUAUGAAAGGGUAGGUUAUAAACAUUAUUCUUAGCAACUACGUCUUUUCUGUCAUGGCAGAUGUUUCAAGUAGCCCACACCAUUGAAAGGUCUUACUCUGGUAUGCAUUCAAGUCCAUGAAAUGACAUAUUUAAGACAGGUGCUACCGAUUUCAGGGAGAAUAUGGUUUGAGUGAAGCAGUGCAAGAAAUCAAGGACUGCAAGGCUCAGAUUCGCAUUCGAGAUCAGUAAGGAACAUUGUUAUUUACAUUUCUUGUCGUAAUGUUUUGCUAAGGGCGGUAAUGAUAUUCUCUCUAUAUUGCGGAAAUCCUUCAGUGGAUGGAUGCCCACUGUUAAAGGACAUUAAAGAGAGAUUUUUCUCUCAAUGCUGAAGCACACUGACGAAACUGAGGUCAAGUUAAAUUGUGACUGAUAACUUCAUGUAACUUCAUAGGUUUUGUAUUGAGAUGUCUGACUACCUUUGCAAAAAAGAUCAAUUUGCGGCAAAAUUUUAGAAUUAAUUUAAAUAUGAAGCAAUAGCGAGUUUUGGUUCUUAUUUCCACAUCUUAGAAACAUUGAAGACUUGACAAGCCAAGUUAAUCAAUUAGAGAUUAAAGUAAAUGACACUGAAAUGGAAAAUGAGGAAUUGCGGGAAAGGCUCGGAAUGGAUCCAAAGGAAACGCUGGACAUCGAGGACGUCCGACACAAGAAGAAAGUGAAAGCAGAGCAGGCAGUAGCAUUGAACAGGGCACUCACUAAAGAGGUAAAGCAGCUAUACUUAGGACAGGGUUUGACAGGUUAUGGAAAACCUGCCAAGUCAUGGAAUUUAAAAGAAUUUCAAUUUCCAGGCCUGGAAAUUCAUGGAAUUUAAUUGUCGGUCCUGGAAAGUCAUAGAAAAUUAAAGAUUUGUUUAAUAGAUAAGUAACUGCAGAUGGCAAAGCAAGGACGACGUAAGAUCAAGACGAGAAAUCAAACAGCGCGAACGGCACACAUUUUGGGGGACACCAGAGUUUUUGUUUUUUCAGGUGAAAAAUAUGCUAAAAUAAGGCAAGUUUUGAAAAUUUUCGAAAGCGACAGCUUAACGUAAGGUCAUGGAAAACUUGAAAAAGUCAUGGAAAUAGUCAUGGAAAGUGAUGCAAUUUGAAGAGCUUAAAAGAGUACGAACCCUGUUCCAAAAAUCAGCCAGGGAAUUUAAAAUUACCGUUUUUUUAAUCCUUCAUACCUUUGAAUCUUGAUGAUUUUGUUCUGUUUAGGUUGAACGAUUGGAAGAAGAAAGACUUCAGCUCAAGAGACAGCUAAGAAAACAAGCGAUGCACAGAGGUGCUCGGUACGUGACAUGAUAGAUAAUCUUUAUUUAUUCACGGUACAAAAUUCGUCAGCUUUAAAAAUGCCUAAUACUAAUAUAAUAAAAAUAUUUAAAUAAAAAAGCUGCUUUCCACGAAUGCCGUGCCUUACAGUUCUUUGAGUAAUCGUUUAAAUUGCCCAAGGGACUCUGCUUCCCUUAAGUUACAAGGAAGACUGUUCCAGAGAAUGGCGCCACUAUAGCUGAAGCUGUUUUUGUAAUAGUUUGUGCGCGGUAAUGGAAUAUUGAGUUUAUUUUCAGAGUCCCUUAGGUUAUAUGCGACUUCUCGCCUUUCAAAUUUAGAACUAAGAUAGUUUGGAGCCAAACAUAUAUGAUACAGCAUGGCAUGACAUGACAUGACAUUUACAUUUGAAAUGAAGUGAUAUGAAACGACUUGAUAAUGUAUCAUUUGACAUGAUAUGACAUAACAUUAUAUAGAUAACAUGAUGGUAUGACUUUACUUACAUGCUAUGGUAUAUGAUAUGACGUGAUAUGGCUUAACAGUACAGGGCAUGAUAUGAUAUGACAAGAUCUUUAUUGGGUAAACGCGUGAUCAAACUGGUGGAGAAUACUCGUACUUUUUUAUCCCGUAACCCUUGGAAGUUUUAGGUAGCGUUAAAGAUGAAAACUGCUGAAAAGUUAUACCGCUUUAAUGGAAAUGUAACACUUACCGAGUUUGCUUGUAUGUUAUUUGUGUUUCAGAGCUGUUGAGUUAGGAAUCACGGCAGAAGACCUGAUCAUAGCGGAAGAGCAGGAAGAUGUCUCGUCCCCCAGAAGGCCACUCCCUGCCGUGGAUUCUGAUAGUGAAGUCACCAGAGCUUUGGUAUACAUUUCACGAGAUACUUAUUUGCAAUUUUGAGUCAUGUUCUUUUACGUACAAAUUUAAGAUAAAAAGUUCGCAUGUGUGUUUUUUUGUUAUUCUAGAACAAGAGACUAGAAGGAGAGGUGGAGAAAAACGAACAGCAAAUUGAAAACUACAAAACAAACAUGAAGAAGAUAGAAACAGAAAAUAAGGUAUAAACCGUAAGUUAAAUUUGCAAGAGCAUCCUGGGCAAAAAAUCAUUGCAUCAACCUUAUAAGCUUUCACCUGGGCAAUUAUAUUGUGUUUUUUUUUAAAUAAAUACAUUGUUUAAAAUCGCAAUCAUCUUUGCUUGUGUAGGUAGUUGGUCUUGGGCCUGAGAGGAAAAAGUAUAAUGGAAACACCGAAUGUAUCUUGGAAAAAAGUUGUAAUUGAUGUGUCGAUCAUCUACGAUUGUUUUGGACAUUCUUAGACUACGAGUAGUCCCCCAUUUUUCCUCAGGGAUAGUAGGGCGAGCGAAACGCGAGCGCGCGUGAAAAUCACCUCGCGUGGGGUGAUUUUCACGCGCGCUCGCGUUUCGCUCGCCCUACUAUCCCUGAGGAAAAAUGGGGGACUACUCGUUGUCUAGGACAUUCCCUUCCGCAGUUAGUGGGGAAUUUAAGCAACCACAACGGAGACGUAAAAAAAACAACAGGUCUAAUAACAAGAACAUCAACUUUGCACAUGCAUCACGCUUUUUUUCUACAUUACUUGGUCGUCAAUGCACGACUACAGCAUGAAACUUUCCAGUGUGACGUUUUUAAACUUUGAUGUACUCCCCAAAAAUUCAACCCGAGGACAACUUGCCCACACGUACUUGAUUAAUUGAGCCAGUUAAAUUAACCGCCGUAAGUUUUAAAAGAACACGAAUGUACUUCAUAAAUGACGUCUCACUACGUAUUAAAUACCUUUUUGUUUCAUUGUGAUGUGUAUCACAGGAGCUUAAAGAAGAGAACAAGCAGAUGGAAGUGGGAAUGAGAGAAAUAUUAGCGCAGCUGAAAGAACGCGCUCAAAAAGGUUUGCUUGUGUUAAUGAUUGAGAAAUGCUCCUAAUCUUUAAGCAGGCUUAGCAAAGUAGGAGGUUUCUCGGCGUGCUUCGGGGCCAUUUAGACACUUAUGACUUCAAAAUGAAGAAGAAGAAGAAUGACAAACGCAGACUUUUUAGGCCACUCGAAAACCGUCCAGUACCCGGUUGUAAUCGUUGAGAGCAUAAGACGUGUCUAAAUUCUUUUAGCAGAAAUACACCUCACUUUAUAGAGAAAACUCUACGUUCACAUUCAACUGUUAACCCUUCAAACCCAAAUAUCAAAAUUCAAAUUCUCUUUUGUUUUCCCUAUACAUUUCCUGUAGAAGUAGUGGGAAGAAGUUGUUGAAGUUUCAACCAGAUUAAACUUGCGUGAUCAUUUCCUUAAUUCUCAUCACCAAUCUGUUUUAUAAAGUAUUAAUAUCACGAGGAGAAUUUUGAUGUUGAUCCCUCUCAGGGCUUAGUUAGAGGGUUUAUGUGCGGAAUAACAAUGUACGUGAACAGUCGGUAAUGUGUUUGUUGAUGUUUUUGUAAGUAACAGUAUACAUUAAGAUUUGUGUGAGAAGCAGUUUUUCAAACCUCACUACUAUGAAUCAUUGUUUUCUUGUCUUACAUCGGCAAAUAUGAAACCUUCUUCUGCACCCGCAGUUUUAUACAUAAAUGCCUUGUUGCGUUGUAGAUUCUGACGAAAGUAAACUCAUUCAAGUUCCCGCCUUGGAAAAGCUAAUGGCUGUAAGUUGAAACAUUUUGAACUUCGAAGAAAUGAAUUUGGCGGAUGCUUGCUGGAGAACUCAUUUUUGUUAAAUGUUCUUUUUAGUUGAUUGAAUCCAGAAAUGCCGUUGGCCAGUACGACACGACUCUAAAUUUAAAGGCUCAGGUAGAUAUACACAGUAGAUUACACUUAAAUGUGAGCAAGCUUAUUCUCCAUAUUGCUAAAACUCCGUUAUUACUCUGAUGGUAAAAACUUUUUUUUUUUCAUUUAAAAUAUUUCUCCGUCUUUGGUUGGCUUCAUUCUGCAUCGCUAAUUAUUCAGAACUAGUUGGGAGUAGCGUUUAUCAAAUUUGAAAGAUUUACAAUGUUGAAUGUUUGAAAAUUAUUGGAUGAUUGACGUCAUGCAAAGAUAUUGGCGCGGUCGCUCAGCUGUUUUUGGCGAUGGCGGAAGAUUUCACACGCUGUGCGAACACGAAAUAGCCAAAUUAGUAUAGGUAAUAGCAUGAUUUGUAGUGAUAUUUGGCAUAAAUACCACGAGUGAUAUUUCAAAAUUGUUAUACGUAAUUUGAAAUUUGAGACAAUUUAGAAAUGUCACGAGUGGUAUUUACGCCAAAUAUAACGUACAAAUCUUGCUAUUAUUUGUUUAUACUACUACACACUAAAGGUUUGUAAUUUUCAAAUAUAGGUAUUUCAAAUUAAGCUGAAAUACCCUUGCUCUAGGCCAAUCAAAUUGCAGAAAUUUCUCAUGUAGUAGUAUAAUAGCAAGAAUACACAAAAAGCCACUCGAAAGAUGUUAUCCUACCCAAAAAAUGCCACUGGGAGAGUGUUAUUCGCCGAAUCCGAGCACCCUCUGCGAACCUCAUCCUCAGCCUCUUCAAAUAAUUGUUCAAAGUUCAAUAUACUUACAGAUUGAACAUCUGAGUGGUCGGAAUGAAGAGUUGCGUCAUGAGUUGCACAAUGCAAGAGAAGAGACUGCUAAAUCUAUUAUGCAAUUGGAGAGGAAAAACGCCAAGGUACGUGGAUCCCUUUGUAACCUUUGAAAUAAACCAGUAAUUAUUAUAUCGAACACAAGAAACCGUUUUUCCACUCAUUAUGCAGAAUCCGAGACGGCAUGUCAAAAACCGAGGUGCGAGAUUUCUUUUAAAGAAAGAUUUGAGUAUGUUGAAUUUUAUAUACCAUAGGAUUUCGUCCACGGAUUUAAAAGUUAGCGUAACAAUUAUCUCGCCAUAUUUUGGCCUUGGUGUGAAUGGGUUUAAAGGGCCAUUUUUUAAAAGAUAAACUUUUUCUUUUUUUUCUCUUUGACUUUUGGAAGAUUGAAGAUCUCGAAAAGGAAGUGAAGGUCUUAAAAGAAAUAGGUAAGAUUUGUGGCGAUAACUUACAGUUAGCCUUGAACGGGUAGCCUGUGUGUUUGUGCAGACCCUUCCAGUUGGUAUAUUGGGACUAAGCGCGAGACUGGGUUAGUGUUGUGUCGAACUGCACUGUGAAACUGUUCUGGUGAUGCUAUCCGUUCUCUUAUUGGCUAACAAGAGGUUGCCCCAAACAUGAUAAUAAAAUAAAUAAAUAAACAUAUAAUGAUUUGGAGGUAGCACAUCCACGAAGUGGUUCUUCGUUUACCUGAUUCCUGGUCGAAUUGGACUUUGAAAAUGUUAGUUUUUGAGGAGAGGGGAAAACCGGAGUACCCGGAGAAAAACUUCUCGGAGCAAAGGAGAGAACCAACACCAAACUCAACCCACAUACGGCGUCAUCGCCGGGAGUUGAACCCGGACCACGUUGGUGGGAGGCGAGCGCUCUCACCACUGCGCCAUCCCUUGCUCCCCAACAGUCCUUUAUUGCAGUUUGACAAAACACCGACCCAGUGUGAAGUAAAGGAAAGGAGGCUUCUUGACGCAUGCUAUGAGAAGGUUGUGCAUUGUUUUUUGGAUGUUUGGUACAAUUUAAGUCGUUAAUAGGUUGGUAAGUAUAUUAACUCCUGUAUAUUAUGUGUUUCAGGUGAAGGCGUAGUGAAGCUUCAACCUAUGCCUCUGCCGCAAGGAAUGACACCUUCGUCAACAGAGAUCAUCGCCAGUCUGAAUGAGCAUCUCAUACACGUACUCCAGGUUAGAAAGUGCGACGUAGCAAUGACUUAACGUUACGGGGAAAUGUUGUUCUUGUGGUAGACGCUCCUUUUUAUUCCAGUAGGAAAACAACAUUUACCUUUACACGUCUAACCAUUUGGCACUGUCGCAGUAUUUUUGCCUUCUGUCAGAGUAUUGAUUUCUUGAUCUGUUGGAUAACGUCGGAUGAGUCAAUCGUGGUUGACUUGACAAUCAUGGAUUCCUUCAAAAGUUGCACCUCUAAUGAUUUGAAGGAAAAGUUAACUUUUACAAUGGCAGUGCUUUGAUUUUCCGUAUUUUUGUAGGAAAUAUCACUAAAAGAAAAGUUGCUAGUGAAAAUGGAGAAGGACCUUGAAUUGUUCAAGCGAAAGUUCUCUGUUAUUCUUCAUCAAAAGGUAAUGUUUUGCUUUGAAUGGGCCUUUCGAUAUAUUCAGAUUCAUUCUUGUUACCAAACUGUAGCUGAAUAAAAUAAAAAUAAGCUAUUCACCUCUAAACGCAAAGUGAUUUUUCAUGUUUUCAUUUUCUUUUGCUCUAUACGACUCGAGCCAAGUUUGAAAAUAUAUCGAAAUGGGCCUCUUUCUCUCUGAUUUGUUAUGCUAAUAGCUGAGAAAUAACUUUUCAAGCCUGGAAAGCCGUAUUUUUCUUGUGUUAUACUGAAGACAAUUAGUCUUACAUGGGAGAGGAACAUGACCCUAAAUCAACAUGGAAAAUAUAAUAGUUAGAGAAAAAUCGUCGAACAGUCCAGAUCACUGUCGCCAGUUGUCGUUUUAGAAUUAUCGACGGUGUAAGACUGUUGAGUAAUAAAAAGUAGCUCGCUUUUGUGGCAAGGAAUGACACCAUCAUCAAAGACUUUAAAUGCUUUCGACUCCGAAAAGAUAUUUUUAAGACCUUUGGAACCCUAAAGGGAAAGAGGAAUCGCUGAAAAUUCUGAAUCAGAUUAGGAUAAAUACUGGCUUAACGUUAGGUCAUAUUUUCCCAACGACACGUGAACGCAAAACCAAAUGUGUUGUUGUUUUAGGGUCUUCUUUAUUCUGACUACUUGAGAGAAAAGGAAAAAUGGGAAGAGGAAAAGAAGGGGAUUGAAGAAGAGAAGACAGCAACAGAGUUAGCCAGAGAACAUGACAAGAUAAGGCUGCUGGAGUUUGAGUUGAAUUUGGUUGUUGUGCGUGACUCGAACGGUGUUGUGUCAAAUUGCAUUAUGGGAUGCUUGUUUGAAUGGGUAUUACGAGGUUACUUAGGAAACUGGGUCAAAAUGUGGCACCCAAACAUUCCUACAGUGCAAUUUGACACAGCACCGACCCAGUCUCAAACUGGCUAAUAGAGACCUUUUGAUUCGAGGACGAGAGUUAACUUAAAGGUGUUUUCGCGUAUUCUCACGAAAAGAGAUCCAGGAAAGCUUCUUUUUACUUUUUUUUACCAUAAAAGUUAACACGAUUAUUUUUAUUGAAGGAGGUUAAGCCCUCUGCCGAUCGCAAAAUGAUAAAACGUCUAACAUUUGAUGACUUGUUUCCGCCACUACGACAUUCUCCCUAAACCUCGUAGUAGAAUGACGACGGCUAUCACGUUUUCCCGCCAAGAUGACGCUGGUUCACGCGGGUGCACUUCUUAGUAUUGAGAAAAUCUCGUACUCGAAGUCGUACUCGCCUUAGAAUCUAAAGGUCUCUAAUAGUGUUCUACUGUAUAAACGUGUAUAAGUAAAAUAUUCAUCCAGGAUUCCCCCCAUGUUUUUGUUGGACAUGGUGUUUAGGAACAUUCAGGACUAAAUUCCAGGAAAUUUUCCCAGACCCUGGAAACUUCUUGUCUUGCUAGAAGACUCCUAAACUUUCUUUUUAUCACAAUCCUCCAGGAAGAAUGUGUCGUAGCAAGUGGUGGAGAAAUAUGACUCGGUGUCGUUUUUUUUCCAUUGGAAAAGUAAUUUGCGUUUUGGACGCGUUCUAAUUAGUCGUAGAAUCUUCGCCUUUUGGAUCCUUUGAAUUUUCUCCCACUUGUUUCACUCUUUCGAUAGCAAAAACCCUGAACUGGGGACAACUUCAGUUACGCUUAUGAAACGUGCCUAACGUCACAAAAGUUGACAGUAUGAGGCUCAUUACUUGCUUGACAAGCCGUUGCUGUCGCCAAAAUUUAUGCAUUCUUAUAACAGGAGGCAGCGUGGCCGAGUGGUCAGCGCGUCGGACUCAGAGUCCGGCGGCCCCGUGUUUGAGUCCCGCUCUGGCUAUAGUUGCUGGAUUUGUUCUUGGUCGUCCAGAGUUCAAAUCCUCGGCCAUGCUUGUAAAUUAAUAGCCAACUGGUUUGCCUCCGGCCAGUUGGCAUUUUUAAUCAAGUAAUGUUCUAUUUGCAUUAUUUGUUUUCAGUUGAGUGGAAUACCUGUGGACUAGCUGGAUAAGCUAAGUGCACUUUCCACUGGCGAUAAACAAACCUUUAAUCUUUUUUUUUAAACAGAGGUUACUUGAUACGCUUGAUAAAGACGAAGAUAAACAGAGGAAGCGCCUGGGUGAGAUGACAAGGAAAAUAACAGUUCUGAGAGUAAAUGAGAAAUCACUGUCCAGAAGAUAUACCGCCAUGCAGGAGGUCGAGGCUGCUCUUAGAAAAGAAAACAAGAAAUACAGGAAUGAUGUGGUUGCUAUGGAGACGGCCAUCACAGAACGGCUGGGUUACCUACAGAGACACAAGGUAUUCUUUCAGUUUUUUAAUUUUUUUUAUUUUCCCUUUUUUUCUGACUUUUUUUUUCUCUUGGAUAUUUUCUUUGUCAGUGGACUAAUGAAUGCAAAAACAUCUCGCUCGUCCCCGUGGUCUAUCACCGGGCAGCUUCGAAGCUCUCCGAACGAGUUGUUUAAUUAGCUAAUGAAGCAAUAGAUGAAUGACCGAAACAAUUUCCGUAGCCAUAAAAACAAGACCGGGUGUGUUUUCAAAGGCUUAUAAAGAUCGAAAUUUGUGUUAGCUUCAGCGAUGCAGUUUAAUCCUGUUAAUGCCAUCUCGAUAAUCGGUUAUUGCGUUACAUUUUACCACUUUGAAGCGGACUAUCCAGUUUCUAGUUUCAGUUCAUUCACGUCGUCGGGAAUGUCUAAGUCUUUCUACCUGCUUAUUUUACAAGUUUUGUUUUCCGCUUUUUUACUAUUCAUUUCGUGUUCUUUAAGAAGCAGAAAGAAUAGUCUAGCUUCUAUUGUUUGUUUAUUUGCUUUUUUCAGGAAAUGUCAACGUACAAGAUAAGUGUGCUUCAGCGAUCGCUGGAUGAGAGUGUUCCAGCAGCAGAGCUCGAGGCAGCUAACAAACAGUACAAUGAACUCACCGAGAAGUAUCGUGACAUUAUACAAAGAGAGAAUAAUCUGGUAGCACGGUCUGCUGCAGUUGACAGUUUAGAGGUACGAUUUUUCGUUUCUUAAAUUGUUUCCAGUGCUUUUGCAGGUGCUCUUUGAGAGCCUGAUCGUGUUGGGGCGUGGAUACCAGAUAGCUCUUGCGCCGACACGACACCCUAUCGCAUAGGGCUUUUGUUCACACAUCAGAACGGUGAUUUCGGCGCGAUUUCUGUAACGGAGCGAAGCUGCGCCCUUCCGAUGUUUAUAGUGGAGCGUCACAUAGCGGAUAGUUUUGGUGCCACGCUUCGGUGCAGUAUGAACAGGCAUUAGGACCGUAGCGGACGUUAAUAGAUAGUAGCCAGGACUGGACUCUGUUGAGACGGAAGUAAAUUUUCAGGAGGUAGGACUGGGAUUUGGUUCACAAAACCCUCUUGGUCAACCGCUCUUGCACGAUGUUGGAUGUGUGUGAACGACUUGUUCAGUUCUGUACCGUUGCUGUUCAUACUAUACUGGAUACUGAGCUUUUCGUGCCGGCACGAGGCUUGGCAGGACUCAACAGAGCUCGGAUCUAGCCGAGAAGGGGGUACCCAGGGUACUAACCUGAGAUCAGGCCCAAUUUGAGCGGUUCUCAUACAUUUUGCGGAAUGUAAUUUUCAAAGCGAAACGAAAAUAGAGCCUGAUCUCAGGUUACCAGGGUACCAGAGGGUUUUUCUUGCGUGCGAUAAGGAGCUUCCGACACGAAGGCCGAAGACACGAGAAAAGCCUCUUGUACUCAGGGUAAGAAGAGAGCUUCACUUUCCGUCUUCUUCCGGCGCGUUUGUCUCUUUCUUUCGCACUUAACAAUAAUAAUAAUAAUAACAAUAAUAAUUAAAAUUUGUAUAGCGCCUAUCCAACCCUGCUCUAGGCGUUUUACACAACAUUCGAAACAAUUAAGUAAAAAUUAACAUUCCAAACCAAUUAAAUAAAUAAUAAAAUAGUGAAUAAAUUAAAACUGAGAUAAAAAUGGCCAUAUUAACAGUAAUAAGCUUCCCUAAAAAGAUAAGUCUUAAGGAGAGGUUUAAAAGUACUUAAAUUAUCACAUGAACGGAUGUUGUCAGGUAGACUGUUCCAUAGGUCAGGAGCGGCGACAGCGAAGGCUCUAGACCCAUAGGUCUUCAUAUUAUAGAUAACAGGAUUCAGGCGUAGUGAGCGUAGUUAACAUGCUCGCUCGUGUUCAUGCGUGUUAGUUUAAAAUCCGAGUUUGUGUUCCCUUAGGUGGACAAUAAAGCCUUAGAAGAGACAAAUACUGAGCUCAAGAAAGAGAUGACGUCACUAAAAGAACGGAACCACAGCCUGGAACAAAUGUUAAACGAACUCUUAGCGAAAGGUUACUUUUUGCAUUAUUUGAUAUUAUAGUGUCAUUCAUUUAUUUCCUGAAUAAAACGUAUUGCUAUUAAGAUUGACUGGAAAGAGCAACUAUGCAGCGAUGAACACACAAUGCGCACCCGACCUUGCAUUCUGGGCGUUUAUUUUCCAAAGUGUUUAAAGUAAAACCUGGGGUGAAAUAGUUCCAUUCGUUACCGUCUACUUCCGUCUUUGUUAAUCGCAGUAGGUAUUUAUUUUUCAGAGGGGGGAGAGGGUGGAGGAGACGGUGGUGUUGUGAGACAAGAAGAGAUUGACAGAAUAUCAAGAAAACUUGCCACACUGGAAAUGAAGGUACAGCCGAGAUAGACCUUAUUUGGUACAAUUUUUAAGACGGUUGGAGUGCAGUUAGUUUGGAGAGACCUCGAGGGUAGGACAAUUUACCGACUAAAAUCUUGAAAUCAACGUUUAAAAUACCCAGAUUUAUAUGCGAGCUAUAGCAAAACUGUGGAAAAUAUAAGUAGAGUCAAGUCGAUCUCAUAUCAUUAACGAAGUAAAAGGUCUAAAACAUGAUUUAAUAUUGCCUCUCGAGAGGUAUUCCUUAAAGAAAUUGCUUCUUUAUCAGUCCAAUUAUAAGACUAAUACGCAUUUCCUUGUGAGCGUUUGAAUGUUUUAUAUUUGAAUUCCCUAUUUCUUUAUACUGAUAGUCCAAAAUGUGAGAGUGACUGUACGUAGCAGAGAAGAAAGUUAGUGAGCUGACUAAGCACGAGUAACAGAGUGAAAGAUUUAAUUUUAUACAUAAUAUACAUAAAUGUACAUACAUUAGUUUAUUUUGCUACUGUUGGUAUUCGUUUUAAAUCUUUACAUUUCCAGGAACUUAAUGAAAGAGAGCGCGCAGAACAUGCCACUAGGAAAUAUGACCAGCUGCAGUCGCUGAUCAAGGAAUUGGAAGAAAGGAACGCAGAGCUAGAACAAAAAUUUGCAGAGGUUUGGUUUGUUCAUAUUUUGUUAAAAAGAGACCGCGCUGACUGUAUUAUAGAAAGUGUGAUAUAGAGAGUUUUCACUCACAUGGCCAGCAACCAUUUACCGCGAUAAAAGAAAGCGUUUACAUUUGAAAGGAGUUCAACUCCCACAGGAUUGGUUUGGGAUUCCAACAUGGCGCCGGACAUGACGUGGAAAGGCUCUAUUCGCUGUUUUAUUUUUUUUUUACCUGAAAACUGGUUAUAUUGCACAUAACAGACAUAACAGACCGAAGAAAGCAAGACAGAGUGAAAAAAAACAACAACAAAAAAACAAUACACAGAGUGGAACAAAAAAAAAGGCAAAAAGCAAAGAGCAAGAGUGGGCACUUAAUAAAUUACUUUUGUUUGUUUGUUUGUUUUAUAAUUAACUAAUUCCGUUCCAAACGUUUGUUCAAUCGUGUUCUCAAAAUCUGGAACCCCAGAUGUUCUGCAAGGUAAAAGCGUUUUUGUUUCUUCUUUUCACCAGAUAAGCAAACUAAAUCUUGAGUCGCAGCGAAUAGAGCGGCAACUACGGGAAGAGCUUUCCAGUAAGUGUGAAGUUUACUACUAGUGUUGUCACCAUUGAGGAAAUUUAGGUUUAUUUCCAUUCACUACCAUGUGGCCUUUUGAUUUUCCAUGGCUUUUCCUCUCUUCUUUCUCUUUUUUGUCACUUUCUCUUCUCUUUUCUAGACUCUGUCACGCAAGACACGCACGCAGCUGUGACCCGCCGUGUCCAGUCAUUGGAGGAAUCGGAGUCUCACCUGAAGGUGGAAGUGUCACGGUUGAAAGAAGUAGCGGAAGUGGCGUCACACCAGACGGAAGCCAUCAAGGCUCAGCAGGAGUCACAGGAUAAAGAGCUGACGUCACUCAGAAAACAACUGUAUGAUAUACAGAUGGAGAGUGAUGACAAGACUAUUAUAGGUUAGUCAGAGUAUCUUGUUUUUUUUUUCACAGUUUGUGUCAACUCUCCCUUAACUAACACCUCUGUUAGGUAGAAACCUACAGUACUUAAUGGGGCGCAAUUUUGAAAAUGGAGGCCAGUGUUUGGAAAAAUUUGCAUCUCCUCUGCACUGAAAUCUUCUUGAAAACUCUUUGACUGUUACCUGAAUUCUUCUUGAAAUUUAUAACCGAAAAAACAGCACGAACCCUGGAAAAAGAAACAAAUCUGUCGUUGUCUGUUUACAUCCAACCUAAGACAUCGCUUUAUUACAUUUCUUAAUAGAGAGAAUUUCUUAAUAGCUUUUAGCUCUGGAUACUUGGCACCAAGAGAAUAAAUGAUCAGACUAUUUGUCGAAAUUAAAAAAGUACCACUAAGACAAGACAGUACUGUUUUGCAGCCCUCGUCUGAAUUUUCAGCAGGGAGAAGUGGUUCUUAUCACUUGAUCUUGUUAAGGACAAUUUGUAUUUCUUCAAUAGUUGAGGAGCAAUAGUAAUAUUUUCAGGCAAACUGCAUCAUCAUAUCGUUGCACUACAAGUGAGUGAGGGCACCGCUGUACGGAAGCUUGAGGCUGCAACACAGAAGCUGGCUAAACAAGAAGCGCAUUUGUUGCGUCUGGAGCAGAAGAUCGACGAAAAAGAUCAGGCUCUUUAUCAUGCUAAAACAGAGGCCAGAAACAAGGCGAAGUUUCUUAAAAGAACUAUACAGGAUCUGCGGAGGCAAUACAGCGGUGCAUUGCCGCUUAUGAAGCAGGUAAUCACGAAUAUCUUCUUCCGUAUAUCAGAUUAAACUUUAGUAUAGAAAAUUCCCAAACUCAAAGAAACGAUUACGAACGAACGAGACGAAUAUUUCGUCCGACUUGCUCGAACUUCAUCAGCGUUAUAUACUCCUGUUGCAGCACUUUCCUGCCACUGAACACUGCACUUUCCUGCCAUUUCAGGUGGAGACGUAUCCUGAAUCAAUCUGUAUUCAGCAGUAAUUUUAAAACUGAAAAGGGCUUUUUAUCAAAUAAAUAGCAUCAUUUAGUUUUCUUUUCCUUUCCACCAUCAGGAAAAGUUUGCAGACACCAUGCGGUCACUACAGGAAGAUAAACGCAAACUGGAAGGAGAAUUGAGGAAAGCUAAGACUGACAGAGAGGCUGCAGAGGAUAAACUGGCCGAACUUAAACUUCAACAUGAGGGCUUGCAAGAGCUUAUGGCUACCCUUAAGGAUGGUAAAGGAGCUGCUAAAGUGACCGAAUGGCACGCCAAGAUGGGAGAGAUACGACUGCAGGAUCUCAAGCUAAACCGAGCUAUCACCAGGUUACAGGAAGAGGUAUGACCUUAAUAUCUGUCAGUUUCCUGAAUGUCCUCUCGUAGUCAAAAGCGCCUUUCCUAGUUCCCAAACCAAAAACUGCUUUUGCGCAGGGCCGAUGUUCACCCCACAGUGCUUUGCGCGCACUACAUUGAGUUCCUCAAGUCGCCGAGUGUGGGUGGGCUAUAAACACAAACAGAGUCGACUAUCCAUCGUGCUUUAUUUCGACAAGUUUCGUAAUUUAUAUGUCUGAGGGCUUUGUGUGAUGUUUUCUCUUCAGUUCUAUCGAUACAAUAAAAACCUGCAUUUUCUCAAGUUUAUAAGCCUAAACAGGUUCUUACUAAAGUGGUAAUUAGCACAAAUUUAAGCUAUUUAGGUUCUUAAGUACAUUGUUGUUAAGAGUAUUUAGUGGUAUUCAUCUUAUUCCUCAUUUAAGAAAAAGCAAAAAACGGCGUAUCAUUACAUUGCAGUUGGAGUUCAGUAGGCUCGAGUACCAGCUGCUGUUCUGAUCCUGCACUCCUCCCCCGAAGGGAGCUUAAAGCAAAGGCUCUUUUGAGCAAUGCACGUCAACCGGAAGUGAGGUCUUUUUCAUUUUAAAGCACCUUGACGCUACCAAAUUUGUAUUUCUAAGUGUCUUUACCAUUAAAGGGACGAUUUGUCCAACCAUUUGGGCAAAACCACCGUCCAAAAAUGAUAAAAGAGUUUCGUAACGUCACAUGAAUUGAAUUCACGUCACUGAAACGAUCGGUCUAACCAUAGUUUGUGGAGGAGACUGGUUAGGAAAGCCGGCAAAUAUCAAAGUUGAAAACAAUGGUGCUGUAGUUUACGUUGCAAGCUCCCUGACCCACAAUCCUUUGUUUUUUGUUCACAAAUUGUGACUGAAUGAAUUAGUGCGAUGUUUCUAUUGGUCAGAAAGUUCAAAAUGAUAGGAAUGGUAUUGAACCUUGUGCACGGUCAGGUCCAGAAAAACACAUAACAAAAAAACAUAUAACAAAAGAGUCUAAUGCGUUUCAUAAGCAUUCCACUUUAAUAACUAUGGUCUAACCGUCUCUUCUCGGGGAGAAACGACACCAGACUAGAUAGAGCGGCGAAAAUCUAGCCUCUCUGAACCAUACCAUUGCGUUGUGGUAAUUCUUGUGUUCGUUCAUGUUAUUACCCAGAUGAAGUACCUGGAAAACAUUGUGAAGGUCCACGAGCGAACAAUCUCUGAUUUAGAAGAUGAAAACGUUCAUUUGUCGAAAGAACAUGAAGAACGACAGUUGAUAUGGGAACAAAGAGAGGUGGAGCUUGAGCGAAUGAUUGACAAGUUAGAAAAACAGCAAGAACAGCUAGCAGACGCGGCUGCUAAGUUUGAAGAGGCUACUGGUUCGAUACCAGACCCCAAUCUUCCGGUGGCCAAUCAACUGGAGUUGGCAAUUCGAAAAAUCAAGGAACACAUUAGGAUUAUAGUGGGAACCAGAGAAGAAAACAAGCAACUUAAAAAGGUAUGGAAUGACAUUAUUUGUAAAGUUCUGGAGGUGUGAGAAAGAAACACAUAUAGGAUAUUACAUGGCCGCGCGGAGAUACGAAAUUUCUCUUCGAGUGUUGAAACUUAUUUCACGACAGAUCGCAGCGAACGAGUGAAAUAUUUUUCAACACGAGACCAUUUAAAAAAGACCAAACCAUUUCACUUAAAAUAGUUUUCAACUGUGAAAGGCGCGAUUUAUGAUGUAUUCAUAGCAACAGUGAUCCUUUCACAUGUGAAAAUAUCAUUAUGUUUUCACGCGAAAGCUCACGUAGUAUUUCAUUAGUGUUUAUAUAAUAAAGUAAAAUAUGUCUUACGUUGUAGUAAGUGAUCGAAAAAUAUUGUUCUGCUUUUGAAAGAUCCAGGUACUUCUGAAUGCAUUUGUACUCUACAACCACAUAGUUAAUAUUCUCAAGUGGACGUAAUCAUCAUAAAUAGCUUUUUAUAUAAAUAUUAAAUGGUAUGUUACGAACGUGGAGUUAUUUCGUGGUGCGGAAAGUGAGACAAUGUCUUUGUACAACAGAAAUACAGUGAACUGGAUCAAGCUUUCAAGCAGUCUGAAGAAAGGCUAACCCAGAAAGACAAGGUAAUGUAUGAAGUGUAAACUGUAUAAACACUUUUUUCUUACAAGACGUAUAUUAUCGAUAACUAAGAACAUAUUUGACGUUCCACGAAUUAUAUCCAGCCUAACCAUAAAAGCGUUUCUUUGAAAAAAUGCAGGUACUGAGAACUUUGAGCUUCUUUUGGUAAAUACUAAAACAUGCGGUAGACUUCCUUUUCACUACAGCUCAAAGAUGGGCAAGUUAUAGGUUCACCGACUUCUGACUCAUCUUUGUGUUGCGUCAUGUCCUUUCUAGCAUUGUUUAGGGACGGACCAUUAGAAAACUGCGGCUCAAAAAUUCCCCACCCCCCACCCCCAUAACUUUUCUAACGGUCUGUCCCUUAGGUGAUGUGCUCUAAGUGCGUUAAAAUGUGCAUCGAACCACAAGCUGUUUUUUUUUUCAUUUUUAGCUUAUUAAUGAGCUUCGCCUUCGUCUUCCUCUGUCUGACCGCGAGGAAAUCACUUUGGAAGCGAAGAAGGCGGCAGGGCUAACAGAAGAAGAUUAUGAAUCCAAACGGGCUCUGAAAGUGGCACAAGCAACUGUGUCUAGUCUGCAGGUAUGUAUGAACCUUUUCGUAUUUCACAUGUACACUUGUCGCAUCAUAUCCUUUAUCCUGGCCAUUGGGAAACCGGUGACGUGAAGGUGUCGCAAUUAUCUUUACCGAAGAUAUACUUUUUUCAGCGAUAAAGGGAGGCAAGAAUAUGUUUGGAACUAGUUCAAAGAAAUUUUGCGGGGUGUUUUGUUUGUGGUGAAGUGUUUCUCUAUAGGAGUUCCAGUUUGCUACAAUAUUAUAAAUAGCCCUGACCAUUUAUGGGCGAUUUUGAGGUUGCAUGUGAGACUAGGUGAAAUUUGGUCAUAUUGCACAACGAGGCUCCUUUGGGGACACCUACCAGCGUUCUUCUGUUGGCUAGUACGAGUUUGCGCAAGAAACUGGGUCAGAAUUUGUCACCCAAAACAGUCCCAUGGUGCAAUUCGAAACAACAUCGACCCAGUCGCUAGCGGUCCUUCACUUGCGACUUUCACUUUCCCCGUGACACAAUUUGUUUUUCCCGCAAAAUUUUGUUUAAACAUUGUUUUCAAUUUUGUUUUGGGAGUAACAAUCGUGCCUUGAGAAUUUGAAAACAAAACUUAUGCAAAAUUUUGUGGGGUAGAGAAAUUACUUUAUGGAGAACGAGAAAGUCGCAGGUAAUGCCCAAUUAAGUUCCCAUUGCCUCUUUUUCACCUUUCUCCCACCCUUUCGUUUGCCUGCGGCGCAGGCUUUAAUUCUUUUUAAUAUUGAUUGUUGCUUGAAUUUCUUUCAACGUUUUAGCAAAUGCUUGCGCACAAGGAAGAGUCGUUGGCUAAAUACCAAGAGAUGCUGAAGGAAGCAAGAGAGGUAGCUUAAUUUAACAAACACAUUUUCAGCGCGUUAAAUGUCAACGAAGGUGUUCUUCUUUAUUUGCGAGCUUUGGCGUAGCUCUUCCUGUGGAUAAAUUGCUCUGAAGAUGGGCUAGCGCUCGAACUUUAAGUUUGAAUCUUUACACGCUGGAUAUUAUACUUUAUGAACAAAGUUUUAGUGCGAAAAUACGGUUCGUCGGCUAUUAGCCUGAACCAGCCAGCCUUCAGAUAUUAGGGACUGCGUAGAUAGAACGGAGAGGGAAAAAACGGCGACGGGGUCAGGGAGGGAGGGGGCACUCCGCAUCUGAUUUGUCGCCGCUCCCCACGAUCUGAACACCUGGAACAGGUUAUCCUAAGUGUAGUGGUGUCAGAUGUGAUUAGGACGCUGGAAAACGGGGCUAAAACAUAAUGACAAGACAUAUGUUCACUGACAUAUUUUUUACUGGCCCUGUUGUUCAAAGCUGGAUUUAUCCAUUGUGUUUCAUGGAUGUAUUCAGGAAACUAAUUCUCUAUCCACUGGAAUUUACGGUGGAUAGCCCUAUCAACCCAACUGGGUUCAUCUAAUUUGAUUGUUUCAUGAUCCAUGUUGAUUAAUUCCGUUCCAACCCGCAAUCCCUUGAUUCCUUAAACCCUUGGUUAAUUCGCUCUGACUAAGGGCUAGGGCUAUGCCGCGACAAUUUACCUUGGGUAAAACAUAUUUUCGCAUAGUGUAUGCUGGUGUUGUUUGUUUACAUCCUGGUAACAUUUAUUAUAAAUAAAUAAAUAAACAAAUAAAUAAAUAAUGAUUUGGAGGAAGCACAUCCACGAAGUGGUUCUUCGUCUACCUGAUUCCUGGUUAAAUUGGAAUUUGGAUAUGUUGGUUUUUGAGGAGAGGGGAAAACCGGAGUACGGAGAAAAACCUCUCGGAGCAAGGGAGAGAACCAAUAACAAACUUUUUUUUUUUUUUUCAGGAGGCAAAGACACAAUCCGAGCAGCACAAAGCAGAAAUCCAGCUUCUUCAGGACAGAUUGCACUUGGAGACUGAUGAAACGUUCAGAAGAAAGAAAACUUUUCACAUGGUUGGUUCAUGGUGCUAAAUGUACAGGCGCUGGUUUCUUUUUUGGCCUUUUGUGGCAACUAAUGCAACUGAUGUUUUCAAUUCUUUUUUGUAAUAAAAAGCUUGAUUUGUAGUAGAACAAGGUUUGAGUAUCUACAGAAAACCCUGGCCGGGACACAUGUCUCAUUAUUCAUGUGACUAGAACGUGACGAAAUAUGAAAGAUAGAAUGAUAUUUUUAAGUACGAUCAACAGGAUAUGCAUUGUUGCAAUGUACAGUUGUAAAUUUUAGAAAUUCUGGCUAACCGCGAUCACAGCCAAUGCAGACAACAACUCUUCGCUACUCUUAAGACAAUAUAGCAUCCUUUUAAAGAGGAAUUCUUAAUGUAUUCUUCCAUGAGUUUAUUCUAUUGUAUUCGUGUUUAUCACACCAUAUUUUGGAAUCUUUGUAUUCUUUCAUCAUUCACCCGUUGCGACUGUCGAAAGCUUGUGUCUUUUAAUAAUCUUAGCCAAAGAACGUUUUUUAAAAAAUUUUAAUAAAGUCAAAGUUUAAUGUGUGGCUACAGAUGACUGUAUGAAGUGUGUGGUCCAUUCCAUGUAACUAACGGACUUUUACGAUUGAUUUUCAGGACUCAGUUAGUGGAGAUGGUCCCCCAGUUCCAACACACAGACAGGUUUGUAAAGCCCUUUUACAUCCAGUAGUUCUACAAUCUGUUGGAAGAAAAGUCGGUUACAAAUAGUUGUUCUUGUUGUUGUUCUUGUUGUUUCUGUUGACCCCCUCCUGCUAAAACAACUUAUUUUACUUUAAGUGUUUUUUCCAGUCUAUGUUGUGUCCAGUCUUAAACUUUCGGCUUACUUUUAAUUUCAGUUGUCGCGAUUGUCCGAGCUGGAGGAGAUGGUUGUUGAACAAGACAACGCUUUAGCUGUAGCAGCAGAGAAAUACAAGAAAUCACGGAGUGAAAUCAAUAGAAUGAAGAAAGAAAACGAAGAACAAGUUAACAAACUCAAACAGGAAAUAGCUAGGUCAUUAUCUGUGUUUCGUGUUACCUUUUUCGGGGGGGUGGGUGGGGGGGGGGGGAGUCGAAACUUAGGUCACUCAGACUUCAGACUCACGGUCGUUUACAUUUUCAAUAUUCUGUCUGACUCGCUAACAAAUUUUUCCCUUGUUCUUUUUACAUAGUGGGAAGAAGACGUAGGAAUGUAAAGAAUAUUCUUUUAAUUCUUGUGAUCUUUGACUGGAAUUGAUGGCGAUUUUAAUUUUUUUUUUACCGUUAGCCUUCAAGAACAUAUUGCGAAAACAUGUGUGACUUGGCAUGUUUGUUAAGACCAUGGUUUUUAAAAACUAAAUCUGUGCAUAACUCAGUGAAGUGGGCUAUACCUGCUUAAAGGGAACGAAAUUUCAGUCAGUUUCGUUGUCAUUAAUAGUGUCAUUGCUAAGAGUCGAACCUUUGAAGUUAGACUGAGAGGACUUUACGUACCUAACUGCGUCAUUGAAACUACACCUCACAUUUUUUUUUAAUCCGUCAAUAAUAAUAAUAAUAAUAUUUAAUAUUGUUUGUUUUUUACUAAAAAAUAUUCCCAAGAUCAACCCAUAUCUAAUUCACGAUAAUGUUUGUUUGUUUACAAAACGUUUCCAUAUUCCCUGAAGAUCCAACCUGGUGAGAUAAAUAAUUCGAAGCUCAGGGCCUAAUCUAACUUUUUAGUACAGUAUGCAAAGUUUUCUAGAAAAUUUUUUUUUAGCAAACUGGUGAGACCAGUAAAAGGUUUCUUUCCCUUUGUUUGGGAGACAUGGAUGAUUCCAACUCGUCUUUGCUUAUAAGAGGAGCUCGCAGAUUAUCAAAAUCACUCGCAUUUUGCGAGUUUGCGAGCAUUAAUUUCUAGCCCUGAAGCUGUUUAUUUCUCUUACAGAAAAGAGGAGGAACAUUUAAAGGAAAGGAACAAACUCGCCAAUGAGAAACUGGAACGAGAUGAACGAAUAAUGGAACAGAGUAAAGAGGUAGCUUUUUGUGCUCUAAAUUUGCCCGCUAAACCAUCUGAAGUUACAGCGGAUCGACGUAUACAUAUCAUACUUAACAGUGAAACUUCCAGUUUGUCCAGAUGUCCUCCUACAGUCUUCUGGUAUGAAUACCCGACGUAUGUACUGGGUGGUGACACGUCAUCGAUAUGGAAUUUCUGCGCUCGUAUCUCAGACUCAUUUCGCUGGCAAACCAGUGGUGACGUCGCAAAAUGUUAGCUUGCGAGCAAGCUCUCCUAUUUGGGCGAGUGAAGCGAGUCUCGCGAGAACGCGCGAGCGAGCGGCGAAGCACCUCGUUCGCGCGUUCUCGUGAGGCUCAUUUCGCUAGCCCAAAUUGGAGAGCUUGCUCGCAGGCUACAAAAUGUGGGCUGUUUUCACAGGCUGGAACACGAGCUCAACAAAAUUUAUGAGGCACGAGACUAUUGCGUAGCUCUUUAAUGACACGAGGCAGCAUUAGUUUAACCACAUGUUUGUUAACAUGUACAUUUUACCUGUAGAUUGAAAUAUUAAAAGACGAACUAGAGACAGCAAAGGAAGCAGCACAGCGAGCGCCCAGUAAAACCAUGAAGCAUCUGGUAGAAAGACUUCGCAACCAACUGGCUCUGAAAGAGAAACAACAAAAGGUAAUUAUGUGGUACAGUCAAGCCCCGUUAACGCGGACCUUAAGGGGGCUUUAUUUCCCCAGGGAGAAAACAAACUGUCCGUAAUGAGGAGGUGUCCGUAUUAAGCAGGUGUCCGUUAAGCGGGGUUUGACUAUAUACUUUGGUAUAUAACUGACUUUGUUAUACAAAGACAUCUUUCUGUUGUUGCCAUGGCAAUAAACAAUAUACAGUUAACCAUAACCACUACGCAUAAAGGUAAUAGCCCAUUCCCUAAAUAACCUUCACCUCUUUGUCAGAGCGAGGCCUGGUGCACAACUGUUCAUAUCGAAUAAGUUUCAACAGGCUCCUGGUUUCAAUCGCAUGUGAAUGAAAACUUAUUUUAAUGUGAAAUGUUGAACACCAAAACUCAUUUUGAAAGAGAGGGUAAACGUAAUUUGCAAAUAGCCUGUUUGGCAGAAAUACAAUUUUGGAAACUAUUUAACUACCACAUAGCUGGCGAGCAAGCACUCAGUUUGGGGGACAUCGUGAGAGGUCACGCGCGAAUGACACGCGAAAGGAGAAGCGGAGCAAGCUUUGUCGCUCGCUCGCGCGUUCCAGCGCGACUCGGUUCGCUCGCCUCUCGAUACAGAGAGCCUACUCUCAGGCUACCUACCAUAAGGGUUGAGCAGCAGAUUCCUUUUGUGUGAUUUGUGAGUGUUGAUUUGCAUCAAAGAAUUGAAACCUCUAUUCGCGUGGUUUACCUUCCUCCCUUCAUACGCAGUCAUUAGUAUACAAAAGAAUUAAAGACAUCUAAUUUUCGUGCAACCAUAGACCCUGGAAUUUAUGAAAGAUAUUUAACACGACUGUUUUUUUUUCAAACUUCAGUCGCUGAGUCAAGCUCUUCUUCAGCUCAGAGCUGAUAUGGUGACAACAGCAGAGGAAAACGUUCAGGUGGGUUGGCGGAUUUUAUUAAAUUACCUCACACAAUGACAAGUGACAAGGCCAAUUUUUCUCAAGAUGAUUGUAGAAGAUAACGACGAUGGUUUAACAUUACGAUCUAGUUCACGUCUUUUAAAAUAACCCCACGUAUUUGUUUCGAUUCAGGCUCACGCUAGAAAAGCAGAACAGGAGGCCAAUGUACAGCACAUUGUAGACAAAGAGACCGCUGGAUUGCAGGUUUGCUAUGCUUGUCGCGUUAUAAUCACUUCUUGUAUCGCAAAAAGACAAGCGAUCCUCCGGUAAAACCUUCCAAGACCUAUUAUUUUAUUGUCAGCUCUGUCUUACAGGACACUUAUUUGGGCGGACACUAGUCAGCGGGUUUUGUGUGACUGUAACUGAACUUUUAAUAUCUUGUCUAACGCCAUCGGAUGUUACAGUCCCGAGGGAAUCGGAUUUAGAGCCGAUUGGAGUUGUAUGAUGUUUUUAUGGGACAUUUUUUCAUACGUUACCUCCGGUUUGCUUGACACUCAGCUAGACGUGAACAUGACGUAAUCUUCAAUGGCAACCCUGACCGUAAGCGUGACUCAAUCAGCUUUACUGGCCAUAGACCCUCCCCAAAGGGAUGGGGAAGAACGAGACUUACAGAUCGCAUGCGAGUUACCCUCCCCACCCAAUACCACAACCCAUGUCGCUGUCACUGUGCCUUUGGUUUCUUUUGCGUCCCACAAGAGUUGGUUCAGAGAAGUAGUUUGAGACGGGACCUACGAAAAUUGGUUCUUUUUCGAGAAGACUGAAAUGCCUACCGUACUAUUUGCAGAUACGAAACAAAGGCAGCACAUCCAACUUAUUUAUUUUUUUAAGCGCUAAGUGCUGGUCCGGCCAAGAAUUGAAUCGGGGCCUACCGUUCCGAAGUCUGAUGUUCGACUAGUUGAGCUAACCAGUCGGUGGUCAAGAUGCUUUGUGCCAAUUUGCCUAUUUUUCUUGUGCAUUUCGCUUGAAGGCACGUAUCGAGGAGCUCCAAGAGAGAAUGGAGAAACUCAAAAAAGAGCUGAAGAAACAAAAAGACAAGGAAUCGUCGUUGCUAGAGGAAAAAGACAAGUUGAAGCAGGUACCACGACAAUGUCCAACUUUUAUUCUUGAACGUACUUUACACAUGAGAAAGGAGCAAGUGCUCAUAGACACUGAAAAUAAAUGUUUGUUAUUCCCCACUCGAUUUCUCCAGUGGUCUUGUAAUUGCUAUCUUAGGCCGAGACCAAACGUCGAACUUUUUGUCAGAGACGAAGCAAACUCUAAUUUGGGUCGACCUAAAUUAAGUUAAGCUCGUCUGUUGGGUCAGACGUGGAACUUAGAACUCGUCAAGCCAAUCAACUGAAUCAGACCAAAAAGCAAUUUUAAUAAAGUUUCUCCCGUACGAGCUAAAUAUACAUUAUCAUACAAAGUUUUGAUUUAUUAAUUUAGUUCGUCGCAUGUGAAGAUCGACGUUUGUCCCGGAGACGAUCUUCAGACGUUCUAUCCGUCUGAAGAAGACGGAUAGAACGUGUCGGACGAUCCAAACUCAUUCAGACGAACUUAAAAGAGCCAGACGUCGAAAUUUUCGUGAGCUUAACUCACUAAGUUUGGCUCGUCUCACUAAAAGUUCGACGUUUGGCGUAGGCCUCAAGGCUUUGAUGGUAACAGUACUUCUUUUUUUUUUUGAAGGAUUUGUCUAAGAAAGACUCCGCGUUGUUAAAACUUGGCCGUGAGUUGAAGGACUUGGAGACGGUUCAAGACAAGCUGGAGAAGAAAGAAGAGGAACUUAGAUCUGAAAGGAACACGGUAAUGGAAAAAAAAAAAGCUUUAAAAUGUAAUUUCAUUGUAAACGAAUUUGGCGUAGUUACCUUACGGGCCAAACAAGAGGAGCUACCUUAAACACCUUGUUAUAUAAAUUAUCUAACACACUACGCUCGUUUUUCGUUGAGCCCUUAUUGUGUGAAGCUUGUAAAUUUCUCGAAAUACCGAAAUAAUCCACUCAUUGCGAAGAAGAAUUUUUCAGUCAGUGACACAAGGACUCGAAAGUAAAACUCCGAGUACUCCCCAAUACUCGGAUUUUUCCUCCGAGCCGCCUGUGUCGUUGACUGAAAAAUCAUCUUUCUCAUGUAUUCACCAGGCCUGAUACGUUGGGGAUUACUAUGUAAGACACGUCGCAACUGAGAAUUUCAACUGUGGCCAAGGAAAAGUAGAUCUAGACAGUAAAAUAUUUUUGUCCUUUGCGGUAAAAUUAAACAUUUUGUCCGAUUACAUGUCGCACAAACGAUUUGUAGCCACCUUAAUUUUUUUCUUCCCUAGCACGCUCAAGAACGUUCUGAAGUGGAGAAACUGCGAGAAAGAGUUAAAACACUUCAAGAAAAAUUAAGGCAACAAAAACAAAAGAGUACCGAGGAGGGUGUUGAUGGGCCUGGUACUGAGAAACCCGUGGUUGAAGAAAUCAUCAAGGAAGACAGAGUAAGACUGGUUACUAUAUAACACCUUUUAAAGCAGAUGUUCCAAAAUGUUUAUAUCGUUGAGAAAUUGAGGAGAACGUUAGAUGAAGAGGCCUUCUUGUUUACGUUAGAUUUACUAAAUUCACCAGGAUAAAAAACAAAAUUCGAGGGAAUUCUUUUCAACUGAACUGUUUAGACCUUUGAUUGGGUUGUUUGUUCACCCAUUUCAGGCUUUGCGACGUUUUAAAGUGAGUUUUGAGUUUUUUGUUUUGAAUAGAAUAUUCUCGUAUUGGCUUUACUUUUAUUUCUCUCUGUUUUUGGGUGUGGUAAUGUAUAAUAAUGAUUUAGAAUUCAAAGAAAGGAUAAAAUUUUAAAACCACAACACAUAUAUGUGAAAAAAUGAAAUAUGAAAGAAACAGUUCUCUAAAGUAAGAUUACGUCAUCGUAAUUUGCUAAACAAACAGCCCAAGAAAAAAGGUCCUCCAUUUUGUAUAAAACAGAAAUGGCGAUCACCAGGCGGUGUUGGACACGGUCCACGUGACCAAUUUUGUCCAAUCACGUCAUUGCAGAUGGCGGACCUCAAGUAUCUGAAAUGGUCGGCGGGCCCCAGCGGGCCCCGCCGUUUUAAGGGUCAAAAUGCCACUUGAAGUUUACCUACGUGCGUGAAUCGUGACUCCAUUCCGCGGCAUUAUAAAUAUACUCGCGUGGUCACGAUCGAAUCGGCUUCGAAGACUUUCACUACACGAUCAGCUUAGAAUACUUUCUUUCUUUCCUUUUUUAUUCGUCUUAAAAGAUAUGAUAUGUUUUUGUGAUACAUAUGUUAUCGAAGCAGCCCUUAAGGCCUCCUUUUUGAAUAGUUCCUUGGCUUCUUCCUUCUGCUAUUGUUUGCAAAGAGUUAAACCUGUGCGAGAUUCUUCACGAUCCCUAAUAAAUCAUACAAAAAACAACGGACAAAUAAAACUGAAUUCAUACGGACUAAAAUGAAUAGAAAACCUCCGCUAACUUGCUGUUGCCCUCAACAACAACAAGUUAGCGAAGGAGGAUUCCACUUUUGCCUUGCGCUCCAGCUUCUUCUGGAAAACCAGAAUAGGUUGCACAUUAUUUUCGAUGAGAAGAUCAGUAUCCUUCAUGCACUCGUCAAUGUACCUGGAAAAAAAUCUGAGGUGAGAAGAGCACUGAAGAGAAGCUUACGUUCAAAAUCAAGCACUUUCACCACAUGUAAGAACGAAGUGUUCUGAGUGUUGAUACGUACCGCGUUGUUUCGAUCCCUAAAAUUAUCUCUUCGACACAGAAAACAACAGUUUCGUGAAGCCAGCAGUAAACGUCGAUUGCGGCCACCUUUCCGGAGAAAGAUCUCAAAUGAACAUCGCAUGUUAUAUCUUUUAAAAGCGGAAGAAGACCUGUAAUGCCCAUAUCACACUAUUUCUCCCGGUAUUUUUAUGGCGUAACGAGAGAUGUGAACAGAGCGAAGGUCAGAUGCAAAUGAGCCAUUUUUGAUUUUUUCCCCAUGAUGGCCUUCGGACCGUGUCCAACACCGCCUGGGCGAUCACGUUGAAUAUUCGGCCUUCAAGCCACACCGUCAACGUAUUUUUUUUUUCAGGCAACUGUAGUGAGUGAGGGUGUGGCGCGUUGGGAAGAUAACAAGAAAUGGCAACAGAAAGUAGAAGCGCUGAGAAGUAAACUGGCCGAGAAAACACGGGAGCAAGAGAAAGCAGAAAAAACCAUCGCCAUGUUGAGAGAGGCUGUCAACAGAGCUGAAAAAGAUAAGGCUGGGCUACAUAGCAGGUUAAAAAGGUGCGUCUUGGACUUGUGUUUAUUCUCAUACAGGAAAACAAAGGCGAUUUGUGUUGAAUUGUGUGUUUUGGUGACUUACAAAUCAUGAGGAGACUUAACAGGGGUGACUUUAUAUAGUUAAUGCCUGAGCUCGGAGGCCUUCUAGAAGCUAUACGCGCUCGGUCAUUAUUUUUAAGAUGGCCAAUUAAGCUACUUUAUGUUUUUCUUGUGAUUGCAGCUCCUCCAAAGCUGUGGUCGGUGGUCCGCCGCUUGUUUCCAAUGAAGUUGUACAGGAUCUCAAGCACAACAUAUAUAAGUUAGAAGAAGAGGUAUAGUGAAAUUUUCAGUUAAAUAUAAAUACUUCUAUAAAGAAGAGAGAUUUUAAAUGGCAAAAAACAUUUUAGUCUGAUUUGUGUUUUUUUCUGCCGUCUUAGAAUCAGGAAUUACGUCGGCAGAAAGUUCUGGGUCAUGACAGACAUAUGGAGGCACUGGAACUGAAAAACAGACAGCUAGUUGAUUACAUUGAAGGCCUUGAGCGAGAUCUUGCUGGUCGCAUGGCGGAACAGGUUAGAGCCCUCCUCCUCAGUGUCGUAACUUGUUUUCUGUGCGGCUGGUGAGUCUACGAAACUCAGUUUCUGUACCUUAUUGUAAACCAUUGGGUUGGUCACAGAAUCUGUAAUGUAUUACUUUACUUAGCGGUUUCUCUACGCUCCAUGAACCCUUCAUUUGCUCUCCAACAACCAGCCUGCGUGUCAGAGUACCAACACCUUGAACCAAGAGUAUCUCCUUCCAUUCUGUGUGGUAUUUCGUGAUUUCCACCAGAGGGGGGCGGUAUGUAAGUCCGUGUAUACAACAGGAGACCCACAUAGACCACAUAGCCAGAAAGAAGAAAACUGAGAAUGGAGAUUUACAAAAUCCCCAAGUUUGGUGCUUAUCUGGUCCAUAUUAAACGACCUAUGUAAAAAAUAGGGCUACGCAAAAGCUCCAAAAUUUACUAAGAGAUAUAUAGGCCUCUGGACGAUCAAUCCACAUAUCUCUUAGUAAAUUUUCCAGUUUUUUUAAAAAUUGAAUAAUAUACAGCUAUUUCAAAAUAGCUGUAUAUUAUUCAAUAUUGGCCCGAUUAAGCUCGUGGUGGUUUUCCUGACUAUGUGCGUCACAUGCUAUUUAUAAUAUACGGAUCUAUAAUACACGGACUCGUACCCAGCCCUCUUCGGUUUGUCCCGACUUUAGGCGGUCAUGUUUAAUGGUAAUUUUCACAGAGGUGUCAUGAAAUAAAAGAUGUUUUUGUUUGCUUCUUAUCCAGCGUUCUGUGGACCAGGCUGACGCAGAUAUGUAUCGCGAAUUAUACCAGAGAAACCAGUCUCUUCAGAAACAGCUCUUGGAAGCGAAGGAGGUGAGCUGACGCCGGUUUCUAGUCAUUCGUACCUAACAUCAAAAGUCGGUUAAACGUAUUUUUAAAGGACUAGCUAGCUCAUGCGUUAAAAGUCAGUUUCCACAGUUAGCUUACCUUUAUAGAAUUCAUGUUCUUCUCUACAUUCAGGAAAAUAUGGAGUUGCGUUUCGAUUACGAGCAAGCUAGGAAGGAAAACCCGCGACUGAAGGUGGGCAAGAUUUUCCUUUGAAACCUGAUUUUAAGCCGAGAUGAGUAGUCCAUUGCAGUCGAUAUAACAGUUCACAAGGGCUGGCACAAAGUCAGAGGAAUGUUAAUCUCUAGCCCCCAGCUAACUCGAUUGCUUUGUAUUUACUGAAUAUAGAAGCUUAUUCAUGUGACGAAGAUACAUAUAUGUUUACAGCCGGCAAUGUUUUGAGGUUCCUUACACAUUACCACUUGCACUCUUACAUGUAUGAAACUAGUUUCUCGUUACCUUCGGCAAAUGCUUUGAUAAAUAAUAAUUCGAUAACCACCCUUAUAAAAUGUAACUUCAUGAAAGGACAGUACAUGGUUGGUUUUUGUAAAGUUAUCCUGUUGUGAUCCUAGGCUCGAGUCGAGGACUUGCAAGAGUAUGUUGAGAUUCUAAAAGCGGAACUCGACGCCAGCAAAAAGAGAGAAAAAGCUCGAAAGGUGAUGAAAUAUAUUUUAAGUUGUACUUUUCGUUUUUUAAAAUGCCAUUUGAGACACGAUAAGGAGACUGGUGCCGAUUUGCGUUCCGCAGUUGUUUCUGGCAUCAUUACUGGAGACGCGCCAGUUAACUAUUGGCCAAUUUUUUCCGCUGUCCUUUGUAAAGGUCCCAGAAUUCUUUGCGAAAAUUAAAGGAGCUGUGUCACGAAAUUCAGCCAAAUUAGGAAAUCACAAAAUGCCCGUUAAAUUAAAAGAAACUUAAAAAUAACCGCUUAAAACUUUAAAGGAAGGUUAAAACAACAUAACAGAAACAACACAUGCCUCGGAUGGGCAAAACUGAAGAAGAUUGAAACGGAUUGAAAUUAGGGUUUUUGAAAACUUGUCCGCCUAACAGUUUUUCAAAGUUAGUCCCUGCUGCUUGCAACUUCAAACAUAAUGCUCAGGAGACAUAUUUGCUUGUCUCGGAUCUCUGAUUUUGUCAUUUACAUGUAAUUUCUUUGCUUACUUUAAGUUCCAUAGCGAUUGAGGGCGAGUAAUUGGCAAAAUGAAACAAAAUGACCCGGACUGCCGUGACACGGCCCCUUUAACUCAGCCCAUUUUUCCCCCCGGUUCUUAAGUGGAGAAUAGACCUUUUCCUGCAUUCCUGUAAACAAAGGCACCAACUCGAGGCUUGGGUAGAUAAAAUUCACUGAUUUGUAUGAAACUGUCCACCCGAGCGUCAACCUCAUUUCUUUAUGUUUGCUCACUGGAGUGGAAUGCGGGAAAGGUCUAUCGCUAUAUUUUGUUUGUUCAGCCAAAGUGUGGUUUUAUUUCAGCCCAACUUGGGCAACUCUCUUGACUGAUACAGUGCUUUUAUCUCUUCAGAAGAGC